CAAAGCAAACAGCAACAAGGCAGCAGCUCUUACAUAUCAAAGUACCACGUGCUCGAAGUAAAGUGCAAAACAUCACUCUACAUCUCCUGUAGUCUCAGCAUCCAACAUGGCGCCGCCUUCGAAGCUCGCAGUUGCAACUGGAUCAGUCACCCGAUUGGUCAAGGAAGAAGCUAGUUACCAUAAAGAGCUCGUGCAGCAGGAGGAGCGCAUCACGAAGCUUCAGGCCAGCGAGGGUGACGAGAACAAAGAGUACACGCUGAGGCAGGAGAGGCAGGCACUACAAGAGACUCAAAAUGUUUUCCCGGCUAUUCGGUCGAGAAUCGAGCAGGCCAUCGAGAAACUUGAGGGCGAACUUGAGACUAGCACAGAUACCGGCGGUGACGCAGAGGAGAUCAAGAAGGCACAGGCAGCUCUUGCAUCUGGAAAAAAGGUUAUUGCUGAAGGAUCGUAGAGUCUACGAGACUGGGUAUGAAGUAUGGUUGAUGAAGUCACGACCGCC